UAUACAGAGUAUCACUGUUAUUUGAUUAACUCUAAUAUCGUGAAAUAUAUAUAUUUUUGUUGUAUCUACAGAAGCAUAAAGCAUUACAAUGAAUUUAUAUUUUAGUUCAGUAGCAAGUCAACCUCCACCAGGACAUUCAUCAAUGUCGAAGAUGAAUUCAUCAAAUAGCAACAAAUACUGUGGACAGUUGAACAAUAAUAAUAAUCUAAUGUAUUCCUCGAAACCACAUGUAACACUAACAAAUGCAUUAGAUAUGCUUACUGGAAAUACUAGUAAUAACAAUAAUAAUCAUAAUAACAGUAGUAAUAGUAAUUAUAGUCAUAGUGUUGUUAACAACACUGGAGGUGGACAUCAUCAGCAUCAUCAAGGCAAGAAAUCAGAAGAGACAACACCGGUUAAUAUUGUAUUAAGACGAGCAUCAGUUGAUUCACCAUGGGGUUUUCGUGUUCAAGGUGGAAGUGACUAUCAUUUACAGCUUACAAUAUGUAAAACGCAGAGUGGUAGUCCAUCAGAAGGGGUUUUGCAAACUGGAGACGCCAUUUUAUCAAUAAACGGAGAAAGUGCGCGUAGUUUAAGCCAUGAGGAAGCAACACAGAAAAUUCGUUCUGCUGGCACAGAUCUUCAGUUGACCGUGGCAAGGCGACAAACAUGCGAUCUGAGUGAUAUUCGACCGAAAGGAUUAUUGAAAUUUACAGCUCCACAAAGUAGUCGACGUUAAUAAGUCGACGCUUAUCUUUUGUUAAAUUUUUUUCUCAACUUUAUAUCCCCUCCCCUCUCCUUUCUUUUUUCCUUUUUUCUUCUAAAAACAAAUGGCGUUUUUAAUCAAUCAGCUGUCUGUUCUAUUCCAAAAAUACAAUGAAUCUUUUGUUAUGAUAAGGUGUCAUUUGUCCAAAAAAAUUGUUUUUGUGAAAACAUUCUCUACAUCUCUAAGUAUCUUUUGUUUUACUGUAGAGUGUAAACCAAUUACUGUAGUAAUGAGUUUUCAUAAGAUGUUGACAUAUAUGCAUACAUAAAUAUGCAAAAUAUUACACAAUCAAAUCAUCAAAUCGAAUCAUGUACUCGAAUGAUAUUUUUUUGGUAAUACUAUUCAGUAUUAUAGUAGGAAUUAGUUAGUAUAAAUGGAAUCUUACCUUCUCUUUUUGCUUUGACUCGUAUCACAGGACACAUCACUAAAUUGUCAAUUAAACUAUAAAAAGAGAAAGGCAUUAUUGCGUCAUUUACAAAACAUUUUAUAGCAUGUUUUUAAUAGCAAGGCAAAUUUUGCAUACAGACAUAAUGUGUUAUAGUCAUUAAACUCGUUAAAUGAACGAAUUAAAGUUAAAUAUAUGUAGUAAAGGGAAGUUUUAACCUUCUUAAUGAUGUUAUUACUGAUUAUUAUAUUCACUUUAUUAAACAGUCUACUUGUGAUUAGCACUACAUUACUGAUAAUAAUGACAUAAAAAUGUAAGUGUUCAUUAUCCCAAUUUGUUUUUUUUCAUUUCAUUAACCAAAUGUAUCACCUUUUCUAGACAAAGAAUUCAAGAAUACACUGUACAAUGUACAAUAAAAG